GCCGCCAAGCAGUACUGUGAGCAUUACUGCGUUCCGGUUAUGACGGAAUUGAACCAACUUUGAGGAGAAGGAACGUUGAAGGACUGGGAGAUAGUUCCUGAUGUUAAUAAGUAAAUUGGAUAGAUGUCUUCGGACGUCGUCGUACAAGUCUCAAGAAGAUUUAAACAAGCAAUAUCAAAAGCCAGAAUUACAAAAGUUAAGCACGUCAGAAUCUAUAGUCGGAAAAGCAAUGGAUUUCUUCUAUUCCAAUAAAACUGUGAUGAGUUUGAUAGCAAGAGAACUUUGGAAUGUCGGUGCAAAGGCUGUUGACACGAUAGUGGAAGUUAAGAUAACGACGAAAGCUCCACCACCACAACAAUAUUACUAUCGUUAAUACUACCGUAACGUUAUUGUUUAAUUUUACUGUAUUAUUGGAUUAAUAAAAUACACAA